UCAGUCGGCCCAGUACGCUGCCUUCAGCCGGAUGAACUGUACACACAGGGAGUACACAGAGGCAUCUCUGGUCUGAUCUGUCUUACUUGGAAGAUUUCCAGGAGGAUGAAGCCGGUGCCGGUCAGCACUGCCCCCCACAGCCACACCGACGGCCACACCCACGCCAUCAUCAUGCCGCUGUCUCCCUUGAUCGACUCGAUGUGCAGCAGCACAAACGCCACCCUGCGACACACACACAGAGAAUAAGUGCUACUCUGCCGCCUGCAUUGUUUCUGGCUGCAGCCUUACAUGAGCAGCAUUGACAGCACGCGGCUGAUGAAGACAUCACGGGGUGACGGUUUGUCAAUCUAGCAUUCUACAAUUUGACUUCCGCAAAAUAUUUGGUAGGGUCUGUCCUGCCAAUGCUUUUCGACGAGAGAGAUGCAGUUGGCUGUCGGAGUCAUUGGCAGCAGAGGGAACGAGAAGACAUACCGUCUGACACUCAGGGGGAAAUAUCUUAACUGCGGCUAACCUUGCGUGACGACAGUGAGGGCCUCUGAGGACUCAAGGAGCGCAAACCACUCACUCUCUUUGCAUCCAAGUGACUCUUCGAAGACCGUUUCGCUUGUAUCGCUGCUGAAGUUGGCCGUGAGCGCCUGAUGCGAUGGGACACAUCCAAUGCAGAAGUGAAGACUGCUGUGUGUCUCUUCGUCUUUGUCAUUGUUUACUUCCUGCCAGUUGGAAAUAUUCUCAAAGUCACUGACACACAGACACAGAGACGUGCAGAUGUGCGCAUCGCUAUUCAAUCAGCCUCACUCUGUGAGGGCGUCCUUCGGUCGCAUUUUCAUCAGCUUGCGGAAGACGGCACAGCAGCAAAGGCUGACGAGGCCCAGCCACUUAGAGCGGUCCUUCAGGAACUUCUUCGCGAAGGGUACCACCUCUUUCAGACCCUGAGCUUGCACUUUUUCCACUUUCACGCCUCGCUCGAGCAGCUCCAUGACCACGUCUCCAGCCACGACAACCAUCGCUACGACGACUUUCGGAUUCUCGGUAACGGCAACGUCCAGAGGCGUAUCUCCGUCCUGUCAGAGUCACAAGCAGGGACAGUUCCGGCACAAGGCUCGAUAGGUGCAGUGCAGCCUACGUUGUCUUUGAUCUUCAGCAGCUGUGGAUUCUUUUCCAACAUCACCGCCGCCACAUCUCCUUGGCCAUAGUCUGCAAGAGAGGGCAAAAAGACGGAUUGAAGACUCAUGCACUUGUGUUGUUGGUUAUCUUUUGCAGGAGUGACUGACUUGCUGCCUCGUGGAGAGGCGUGCUGCCAAGCUGGUUAACAAAAUGAAGAAGACAAAUGCUGUUCAAUGCAUCGACCGAGAGUCCCUUGUCUCACCCUGUUGCGAGCCUCCAACACAUGCUUUCCACCCCACUGAACGAAUUUCUCCACAACACGAAGUGACCCUUUCACUGCUGCGUAAUGAAUAGGCGUCUGGUGUGGAAACUAAAGACACAGCAUGAAAGCAGCAGUGAAGACACUGCUCCGACACUGCUCGAGAAUAAGUGUUAUUGUCGAGCGGUGUCGAAAUUACACUUGAGACGGUACCCUUUUGUCCCAGCGGAGAGUGUUAUUAACAUUGUCAACCAGGGUGAGGAGGACGUCUAUCUUCAACCAGUGUCGUCCAUGCAGCCAGUUGUGCAGCAGGACCUCAAAAACCUCCACACGCGAGCAGUUCACUGAGAAGCACACACAAGAGUGCUUGGCUGCAUAUGUGCACCGAUGUGACGAUGCCUACCUGCGGCAUAAUGGAUGGCAGAUCUUGUUUGAUGCUCCCAAUAAUAAGCGUGCACGUCCCCAACAAUCCAUUUCCACUCUCCAGUCAGCAGCACUUUCUCCACUUGCUCAGGCGACAGAUCGGCGAGGGCCUCCUGCAGGUCGUCCGCAUUCUCUUCAUCGAUGGCCUUCAUGAUGCUGUCUCUCAGGGCUUUCGUCGUCUCGUCAUCGUCGGCGGCUGGGGCACCCACCAGGGGGACCUGCAGAUGUGACACAGACGUCCAACAGACAUCUCAGAACGUGUUCUCGUGCCGCCAUGCGCCAUACACCAACAGACCUGUUCGAGGCGUCUCGGUGCCUUGGUGAGCUCAUCGGUGACGUCCGGCAGCUGGGGCUCCAUCAGCCCCGGUUCAUCGCCCUGCAGCAGAGGGACCUGGUCACUCGAGGCCGACGCUGACAUCUGCAGUGCAUUGAGGGAGGGAGGGACACAGACAGCAGAGGCCGAUGGCCACACACGCAGAGAUGCCAUAGAGCAUUGCAAGGUGACCUUGGGAUGGCCCGUCUGUGUGUGGUGGAUGGCCUGCUGUGCGGCAGCGUCGCCCUCGUCGACUCUCGGCAGCUGGAUGUAGCACACCUCCUCAACACCGCUGGGGCGGCUGGGGCGGCUGGGGCCGUCUCUCCCAGUGCCGCCCUCCUGGCCCUGCAGACGGGGAGUCCGCUGGCCAUGGAGGAAGCCCACCAUCUCUCCCACAGGGGGUGCUCAGUCUCAG